AUGACCACACACUUAGACAAACCGAUAAAACUGGUGAUGAUUGUGAGGGACCCGCGAGGGAUCAUGAGCUCAAGAUAUCUACCGGCGAUGGACUGGUGUCGGGACGACACGACUUGCGCUGAGAUCGAUAUGCUCUGCGACCAUCACAUAACUCUAGUUCGUUACGAAGACCUGUCACUCAAUGCAAUAGAAACAGCGAAAAGAUUAUACAACAAAUUAGAUCUACAUUUCAAUGCAGACAUAGAGUCAUGGAUUGAAAGCCAUACAAAUGACACGACAAAACUGGGUAAUCCUUAUUCAACGGUCAGAAAGUCUAAAUCCGCAGUCUUUUCAUGGGUUAAGCGAUUAAAUGCCACACAAAUUGACACAAUUCAAGAGAAAUGUACCGGUGUCAUGGACUAUCUGGGUUAUAAUAUAAUAGACAUUAAAAAUUUGCAAGAAUUCCGA